AUGAAGCUGAGUGACGUGGUCCUCCUCGACUGGGGCAAGAGGCUCUGCGUGCUUCAAGAUUCUCUCAAUCCUCAAGUUCGUCGCGGUUGUUUGAUCGUCUUUGCUGCCGAUCAUGGAUGCGCCCUACCGAUCGAACAGGGAGGAGAGGCUUGCUCUGCCUUCCCGUCUGUGGUGACCCCCUCCAUCGCCAAGGCUCUCGCUCAUGGAAGCGCCGCCGGAUCAGUGUUGGCUCGAACCACAGGGAUGGAGGUUCAGGUCGUUGACGUUGGGAUCGCGUGCGAUCUCGACACACCUGGACUGAUCCGAGACAAGUCGAUGAGGGGCACAAGCAACUUCACCGCUGGUCCCGCCAUGAGCAUGGAGCAGAUGGACUUCGCGCUUCAAGCUGGGAUGCGAGCUGUCGACCGAGCUGGAGACGUGCAGGCCAUCGCAGUUGGUGAGCUCGGCAUCGGCAACACAACCACAGCAGCUGCGAUUGUCUCGGCAUUCUCUGGAUCAGACCCACAGAAGACGUGCGGAAAAGGGACGGGGCUAGACGCAGACGGAGUAGCGAGGAAGGUCACGAUCGUAAGGAGAGCACUGGAAGCGAAUCAGGUAGCUCUGGAUGCAUAUAAGAAAAUUCUCGCGCAAGCAGGACAAGACCCGCAAGAGCUCAAGCGUCAGGCUCUUCACGUCCUCGCUGCUCUCGGAGGUCUCGAGCUCGCUGCAAUUGUGGGAGCAAUUUUCAGGGCGCGCGAGAAGAAGAUUGCGGUGCUCGUCGACGGCUUUAUCUCCUCGGCUGCUGCCCUUGCGGCCGUGCAUGCGGACCCUGACGUGUCGGAGGCGAUUUUCCUCGCGACUCGCUCAGCCGAGGUCGGACAUGAAAUUGCUAUUGAGGCUCUCCGAGCUCGCAGCACACACACUCCUCCCCCGCCAGUCCUCGACAUGCAGCUUGCUUUGGGUGAAGGCACAGGAGCCGUGCUCGCCUAUCCGAUCCUGCGAGGAGCAGCAGACAUUGUGCGAGAAAUGAUCUCGUUGGAGGACGCGAUGAAGUUGUAGGAGGAGAAACAAGUCACAUGCAUUCUUAUGAAGUUGUAGGAGGAGAAACAAGUCACAUGCAUUCUUAUGAAGUUGUAGGAGGAGAAACAAGUCACAUGCAUUCUUAUGAAGUUGUAGGAGGAGAAACAAGUCACAUGCAUUCUUAUGAAGUUGUAGGAGGAGAAACAAGUCACAUGCAUUCUUAUGCCGCUGUUAAAGGACUACAACAACUGGUUUACCGGACGAGCCACACGCCCUGGCUGCGGUUCAAAACUGCAUCGCUCUCGGGGUCAUAAGUCUUGUAGCCUCCAGCGGUCUGAAUCGGCUGUUGCAUCGGCCAGCCAUCCCUCUGGCCAGAUCCCAUAGCGACGCAGUUGCUCCCAAGCUCAGACUGGCAGAUAGGGUUCUCCGUGUAGUUCUUCACCGGCGCCAUCGGUGAAUAGUAGAAGAGAGCAAGGGGGCGGACGAAUUGCAUUCUGGGCGACUUUUCGGGU